GACGUCGCGACGUGCGUGCGUGCGUCUGUGCGUGCGUGCGUGCGCUCGGCGGCGGCGGCGCAGCGUCCCCUGCCCCGAAUGAAAGGGAAGGUCCCGGGCAGCGAGCGGCGGUGAGCGGCAGCGGCUUCACCCCGGCAUUUGUGAGGAUUGAAUUGGCAUAGGCCAUUUUAAAAUCAUGACAAGCUCAGUGGGACAGAAAAAAGUGUCUUCAAGACAACGCAAGUGUGGUUUUUGUAAGUCUAAUAAAGAUAAUGAAUGUGGACAAUUAUUGAUGUCAGAAAACCAGAAGGUGGCAGCACAUCAUAAAUGUAUGCUGUUUUCAUCUGCAUUGGUAUCUUCACACUCUGAUAAUGAGAGUCUUGGUGGCUUUUCUAUUGAAGAUGUUCAAAAGGAAAUAAAAAGAGGCAUGAAGCUGAUGUGUUCUUUAUGCCAUUGUCCAGGAGCAACCAUUGGUUGUGAUGUGAAAACAUGUCAGAAGACAUAUCACUACUACUGUGCAUUGCAUGAUAGAGCUCAGAUAAGAGAGAAACCCUCACAAGGCAUUUACAUGAUACUAUGCCGAAAACACAAGAAAGCUACACACAACUCUGAAGAUUUAGAAGAAGGUAUCAACGAACACGAAUUGGAGCCUUCACCACCAAAAGGAAAGAGGAGGGGUCGGAAGGGAAAACCAAGGAAAACAAAUUUAAAAGGGCAGUCAGAAGACACUAGAUCUACAUCCUCACAUGGCACAGAUGAAAUAGAAAGCAGUUCCUAUAGAGACAGGUCUCCCCACAGAAGCAGCCCCAGUGAUACAAAACCUAAAUGUGGAUUCUGUCAUGCAGGUGAAGAAGAAAAUGAAGCUAGAGGAAAGCUUCAUAUAUUUAAUGCUAAAAAGGCAGCAGCACACUAUAAGUGCAUGUUGUUCUCUUCUGGCACUGUCCAGCUAACAACAACAUCAAGGGCAGAGUUUGGAGAUUUUGAUAUUAAAACUGUACUUCAAGAGAUCAAGAGAGGGAAAAGAAUGAAAUGCACGCUUUGCAGCCAACCUGGUGCCACCAUUGGGUGUGAAAUUAAAGCCUGUAUCAAGACUUACCAUUACCACUGUGGAGUAGAAGACAAAGCAAAGUAUAUUGAGAAUAUGUCACGAGGAAUUUACAAACUCUAUUGUAAAAACCACAGUGGAAAUGAUGAAAGAGAUGAAGAAGAUGAAGAAAGAGAGAGCAAAAGCCGUGGGAAAGCAGGCACUGGCCAUAGUGACAUUCCUCAACAACAGCUCAAUGGAAACUAGGUUCAAGGGACAGAGUUAGAGAACUGGGAAUGAAUAAGACAUCCAUAACUACUAAUUCUUUUAAAUUGUUUUUCUAAGAUCAGAAAAGGGUUAGUAACUUUUUACUGCCCAAAUCUGCUAGAAAUUUCAUUGAACUGCCUGAAACGUUCAUGUUUGUGAGCCUUCAAUAAGUGGCAGAGUUUUACAUGUCAAUAUUAUGUAGUUUGUAGUCUGCAGUGUCUGGAAAAAAUUGAAACACUAUAUAAAUGAGAUGUAAUAUGUACAGUGUCAAAAGUUAAGGCAGACAUUGAAAUGAAGUAAGAUCUAUAUUUCUGGACUGAAUAAAAAUCUAAGAUUUGGAAUGUGUAAGUUGUUUAGUGGAUUCAUGCACCAGAGAAGGUCUUAGCAAGUUCAGUUCACAACAUGGACACGUCCGUGUUGGCCAGAAGCUGGUAACUUGUGCAUUUCACGUUUUCUUCGUAAACCAAGUAUGGAGGCUGUCUGUGGGGAAAAGCUGCUCUCUGUUUUGCUUGCAAAGCACAUAGUAGAAAAAGAAGUCGGUGUACACAGAAGCACGCUUGAACCUUGCAGUUUGUUCCUGCUGUGAUUGCUCAUAUGGCCUGGCAUUCCUCGCUGGCAAUUUUCUUGAGCAGGUGUUGGUUAUGAGCUGUGAGCUGCAGCACUCAUGCCAAAGCGCUGUAGCUUGUUCCCCAACGAUCCACCUCUUCUGCUUCCCUAGUAUACCAAGAACCUUUCACUGAGUGUGAGUGAAGCCUUUAUUAUACUCGUUUUUGGACACUGCAACCCAACCUCUUUACAUUUCGAAGAGUUACUCUUUUUAACUCGUUAUGGAAUUUAGCCACCAUAUCUGACAUCCAUACCUCAGAUGUUCUGUGUUGUGUGGAACAUUUCAUGUUUUGUCCAAAAUACAUAUACAGGCUGCCCCCGUGCUGUAAGAAGAAUGAGAAUAUGAUCUUUCCCAUAGAUCAAUAUUUAUUUUGAAUCUUGUGACCACUAUAUGAGGAAACUCUGCUUAAGAUUCUUAAGAUUUGUAGAAUUUGGUUAAUUUUGUCAUGGAGUGACACAUGCUAGAGCUUGAUGUUCCAUUUGAGAAUAAUCCAGAUUAGGUUCGAUCAGACCUAGCAGCUCAGUUCCUUAACUUUUGUCAUUAAACUGGCAUUUUUUAAUUGCUAGUAAUUUCUUCCAUUGGUCUGUUAAAGCACAUUAGCAGAUUUAUUUGAAAUAAAACCAAAAAUUUAAUCUAACGUGCAAGUCUUUUUAACACUACCAUGCCACCUCAUUGUUUAGAUAGGGUUCUGACUGUUUCUAGAAACCCAGUAAAACCUCAAGAUUUGAAGUAAAGCUGCAAGCAAAAUACACUGAGAAUUUGGCUAGAAACUGCAAAGGUUCAUCUGCAGUUGACAUUACAAAAGCAGUUCAUUUGUAACAUAAAUUUCCGUAGCAUUUUUACUUGUGUUUUUAAGAUUUAGCGUGUCGUUGUCUCUUCACAUUUCCUUAAUGUCUCAAGGGACUCAAUUGUUGUAUAUGAGAGUUUCUAACAUGUUACUGUGUUGGGACUCCCUCCAUUUUGUUUGUUUUCUUGGGGAAUAAUGCAGUUUUAGUAGGAAAAUUGCAGUGUACAGGAAAGAUUCAGUUACUGCUCUAAUGAUGCCAUUGACCAUUUUUAUUUUGUAUUUGUAACUUUCAGAAUUAAAAGUGUGACUUGAAUUGCAAUGACAGAUCGGUUGAUGAAAUUGUUUCCCAAGAUGUUUGUUUUGCUAGACGAUGAACAUUUUUCAACCACACAGAACAGUUUCAGAAUGCAAAAUAACGUGUCUCUAGAUCGGUUCUACAUUGUGUGCCUCAGACAUGGCCCUUCCAUGAAUAAAGGCACUUUUCAUUGUUUGCAACUACUGUAUUUUUGAUUAAUGAAGGAUGACAGGUACCUGGGGUAGAUAUGCCAAUAUAAUCUUUCCAUUUUUUUGCCUCAGUUCUAUUUCAUAUUGUAUCAGCUGUUGGAUUUUAUAAUCUAAUAAUCCAUUUGAUGUGAAAUCAUUCCCUUCCAUGCCACUAGUAACCAUAACAGCACUUUACCUUUGAGUAGCAGAAGAGCAAGUGGCUGGUGACCUGUUAUCUCACUGUGUUGAGAUGGGCUGGCUAACCCCUCAUUCAUUCAAAUUCAUGGUAACUGAAAGUCAGAAGUAAUUUUUCUUCUUUUUGUUACAAGCCUCAAAAUCAUGUAGUCAUUUACUUCAUCUUGUCAUGUAUGCUGGGUAAAAGUGCCUUACGAUGUAAAAAUUGUAUUUAUAUGUUCCCAAGUAGCAUCACCUGCUGGGGAGUAAAUCUGUGAUGGUGUUAAUAUUUAGAAGAAAUGUACCUCAGCAGUGUAUUUACUGUACAUCUCCUAUGUCCUUAACUGUAGUUUUAAUAAGCAUGAAAAUGUAUGAUAGGUAUACAACAUUUGCAUCAUUUUUUAAAGACAAAAUACUGCCAUUGCUGUCUUUUUAUGCGUAUUUUAGCUUGGAAUUUUGGACGGUCUGUCUUUUUUUGUAAAGCAAUGUAAUCUUCGCGAGCAUAUAUUGAAGAUUCUUCUGGAGCAUUUACUGCCUUCCCGGAAAUGUUAGGAGUGCUUUAUAGGUGAAAUGAAAGUGCUUUAUAGGUGAAAUAGAUCUGUUUAAAUUAACUAGUUAAAUUAAUAUCAAUUUGUUCCUACUUUUUUUGUGGGGGGGGGGUUGAUUUUUGUUCUGUUUUUUUAAUAGGGACCUUUUUGCUUUCAUCUCACAAUUGGAAAACAGUCCUAAAGUUAAGAAACUUGUCUUCUGAAAAUGAUUGACGUGAACUGAGUUUUACGGCUUUUGGGACCAUUUCUUCUUUACAAGAGCAGUACGUGCUGUUAGAGACUCCUCCAAUUGUGAAAACUACCCCCCCCCACCCCCAACCUCCCCUGACAAAAGCCGCAGAGUAGUUUCACAGGAAACUGCCCUUUCAAAAGAUCUAUCCCACUGCUGGCAGGGCUCCUCUUUCCCACAGAAUUCAUAAAGUAAUGCGGGUGGGAAGAGCCCUAGAAAGCUCUUGGACAAAUUACCCAAGACUCUGGUUCAUGCUAACAUACUGGCACAGGUUCCACUUGGUGACCAGUCACCGCAGGAGGCUCAACUCUGGUUCGAGGAGACUGAAAUGGUCCAGCCCAGUAUCAGUGUAUGUGGUACUGGCUGGAAGGGGGCUGUGGCAGGGUGGUUAAAGGGUCUGCUUAUUCAGCAGGUACAUGCCAACCGGAGAUGCUGUGCUCAUGGCCCUGCUAGAAACUCCACUUGCCAAGCUUCAGAAGGCAGCCACGGAUGCACCACGCACACUCCACAAGAUAAAAAUCCUGCCCCCCCACCCCCCCCUCGAGGUACAAAGAGCCAUGUUGCUAUGUCGGGGGAGGGGGGGUCCAAGCGCAACUCCAUGCAUUAUACAGAAUUUAUCCCCUGGGUUCACUUAUUUGUUGACAGAAGACAUGGUGAGACUACAGGCUGGGGCUUGCUGCUUAUUGCUGCUCUGUGUGGAAAGGAGUACCUUCCUGGUGAGCUGGGGAAGAGGGGGAUGAUGAUCCCCUUGAAAUGCCACCCUUGGUACUUAAUAAUUGCCAAGGAGAUUUGCAUGGCAAACCAGUAUUCUGGUUGAAUUAACCCUCCUUAUCAUCACCGUGAGGUUUAACUCAUAAGAAGGCUGGAAGUAUGUCACAGCCAGUCCUUCCAUGUCGCUAUCAGCAGAUCCCACUGUAUUAAUGAUGGAGGUUAAAAACCAGAGCACAGCUCUUGAUCAUAUAUAUAUAUAUACUUGUUGAAGCAGUUUCUGUGUAUGCAUAUGUACGCACACUCGUUAGCCAGCGGUGACAUCUCAACCCUAAAGGAUCCUGGACGACUGUUGCUUGUUGAAAAGCGCUCAGAUCAGGCCCACAUGUUUGGCUUUUGCUCUCGGCAUACAUUUACACUAGAUGUAAAGACAAGGAAUGUAUCAAGAGGGUAAACACAUUCCUAUCGACUCUGUUAUGUAUAUUUUGUUCCUGUUAUAUUGGCUUUACUUCCAAAGUUGUAGUUUGCAGUAUUAGUUUCUUUUUGUUGGUAUCCUUGCAUCUAUAUUCAAUAAAUGAGUUACGAAUUUCA